CUACGUCUCGGGUUUGCCGUCAUAUCGGAGUAGAAUACGCGCUCGAAAUUUGUUUUGCGCAGUAAACACUGCGCCGUUCAAGUUUCAAGUUUCAUGUUUCAAGCCGGUAGGUUAUUGAAGCUGAAUCCUAGUAAAUCUACGAAAGACGAUCCCGAAGAGCAGUUAUAGCUGAGUCAACCGAUUAUGGUAGCGUCUUUUGUCGAACAGAUUUGGCAUUAUCGAGCAGUUACUGAUGAAGAACCUAAAGGACUUCCUCAUCUAAUCAACGCCUUAUGAAUCAACUGCGGUUCGCGUGGCAUGAGGGUUUGGUUGCCGCUAGUGUCUGCACGACGUAGUAUGACUACACAGGACACAUCUUUCAUCUCCAAGAGAAUAAUGCUGCUUUUUGAGUUGGAUAUCUGUCCAUUAGUCAUCUGUUCCAACGAUUGCCUUGCAAUUGGAGUUGAAAGCUUACCAAUGUCCUUCCACAAUGUGAAGUGUUCGCUGUAUCUGCCACACUUUGCGCACUCUCUCGAGUUGCUUCUUCAUGGAGUAUUAGAAGAAGAAGCCACAAGUAGUGAACCAAUACGUGAUCCCCUGCUACCCAGAUGCGUUGCAUUUAUCCAAGAAUUUCCGGAGUUUCUGCGCACUGUUGCUCAUUGUGCUCGAAAAACUGAAUUGGCAUUGUGGUCCUCACUGUUCUCAGUCACUGGUUCACCGAAUGAUUUGUUCGAGGUUUGCAUCCGCGAUGGUCAGUUGCUCACAGCUGCUAGCUAUUUGAUUGUUUUGCAAAGUAUCGAAAGUGCGCAGACAAGUCAAGAGCAAGCGUUGCGGCUUCUGCGAGAGGCGCUAUCUGCUGGUGAGUGGAGCAUUGCAAAGGAUAUGGUACCUUUUACACGAGCCAUAGGAUCGGAAGACAUGGAUAGCCCUGCAAGAACCCCAUCUCCUUAUAAAACGUCAUCUCGUCGACAUGCAGCCUCAAUCAACAGCGUAGCGGAAGCGGAUGAUCUCGUCUUUGCACGAUUCCAAGCGGCGCUGUCGGAUACGUGCCAAGAAUGUAAGUUCGCUGUUGACCUUCUGCAUGAUGCUUGGGGAGAGAAGACAACAGAGGAAUGCGUCGGAGAUCUCGCCAUUUUUAUUUGCCGUACAUUCAGAAUAGAAGACAACUUCAUCUGUAAAGGAAUUGUGAGAGAUUUUUCAGAUGAGUUCAUGUAUGUGUUGGGGCAGAUUAUCGUCGAGCCGCAUCAGAUAUGUGGACUGCUGUUGGACGAUUGUGGGAAGUUCAUAGAUCCGUUCAAUUCCACUUGGAGUAUUCCCAUUCCGAACGGGCAGCCAGCUCCCAUAGAUAAGCAACCUGUGCCGGGAGGCAAGCCCGUUUUGAAAGUCUUGCAUUUGACUGACAUCCAUCUGGACAUGCUGUACACUCCGGGACUGGAAGCGAAAUGUGCAGAACCUCAGUGUUGUAGACCCCAGCAAGAUCCUGACGAAGUGUCGGUUGCAGCCGGUGUGAAGGAAGCAGCAGGUCAGUGGGGUACAGUGGGAAACUGCGAUGCGCCCUAUUGGCUACUCACGAACAUGCUCGCAUUUAUUCAAAAGAACCAUAAAGAUCUGGACUACGUCAUGGUCUCCGGUGAUCUAACAUCUCAUGCUGACUGGGACUACACACGUCAAUCGCACGUGGCCAUAGUCAAAAACAUUUCGGACACAAUCAGAUCGUAA